AGUCAACAAACCAGCGAGCGAAUGAGCUGAGAAGUAAAUAACUAAAUGAUAAGGCCCAGUUCAUCGAUAUGUCGAAAGCAAGUGUUUUGAGAGUAUUUAUCUCCGAGAGUCUCGCGGCUGCCUCUCGGGAAAUCCUCGCUGCGGUUGACAAAGUCGUAGCCGGAUACGAAGAGGAGGCAUUGGGCUUGAGACGCGAGCUCGACCGUCAGAGGGAACAGCUGGAGCUCCUUCAGCUGCUGCACCCCCCCGACUACACUGGUCGGGGUCAGAACAUUACUGGAAACCAAAGACAUGAAAAGGUGGAAAGGGAAAGUCUGGACCAAACAAAGCACAACCAAAAUAUGAGGCAUUUUGAUCCCGAAAUGCAGUGGGAGAGAGGUAGCAGUGAAGCACAGAACCAUGUGGAUUUAAAGAUUCGCAUCAUUGAGGACACCACGACUGAUGUCUUGUCAAACGAUGUGCUGAAGAAUUGUCCAGUAUUGAACCUGCAGUCCCCUGGUGGCCUGUCUGAAUCAGAAUUCCUGCUGCUUCUGAGGUCCAAGUUCCCUCAACUCGACAGAAACCUACCGUUUGAAGUUUGUACAUCUGACAGGAGGAAGAGACUGCAGCCUCUACGGCUGAACAAACUGACAGCUGAAGAGAUUUCUGGCCGAAUUGGCAAAGACAAGGCCAUGAUCUUCAUUAGGCUGAAGAGAAUUGAUGGUCCACUUGAAUGUGUUGCUGCUGAAAGCGUUGAAAACUCUCCCACUACCACCUCUGUCUUGGGGAUGGCAGAGAUCAACAACAGUUCCCCUAUUGACGUGGACCAUAUGUUUGAUGGCUCAGCGGCUGAACAAACCUGUGGAGCAAUGACUUUGGAGAAGGACGGUAUCCUAGGUCAAGUGGAGGACAAUUCAACAGAAAAAAGUGAAAAAGAUGUCAAUGAUGAGAAAGAAACCAGGAUCAACAAAAAGGUUUUGGUCGUCAGUGAUGAUGAGUGGGAACCAGCGAGUAAAGCGCACAGGGGGAAGGUGCGGAUGAAAAAAGCUAAAAAGCAGAAGAGGACAGACCCAAAUGUGCUUUUUUGUAAAAUCUGCAAUGCUUUCCAGAAUUCCGAGGUCGAGUUUAUCAAACACGUGCAUAGUCACGCUGCUGAUCCUGGUGGUUUGUGUAGCGUAUGUGGAGAAACCACUCAGUCGCUUGUUGACCAUCUUCACUGUUUCCACAAAACUUUGGUUUGCCACAUUUGUGGAGACUCCUUCCAUUUCAAAAACAGCUUCGAUGAACAUGUAGCCUCACACUCUGGGGAGAAAUCACACAAAUGCCACGUUUGCAAUGCAGAGUUUGCUUUGGAAGAGUCACUGAAUCAUCACAGGACACUGCAUGAAGCGGACAGUGCUCACAAGUGCAGCAUUUGUCAGGAGGUGUUUGCGCUGAAAGAGGAACUGCAAGCUCACCGAAGAACACAUGCUGUUACCAAGUUGCAUCAGUGUGGGGUUUGUGGAAAGUCCCUCAGUGACUACAGGUCUUUGUCGCGCCACAAGAUGACCCACACCGCAGAGAGACCUCACAGCUGCCAUGUGUGCGGCAGGCGUUUUAAACUAAUUGGAACUCUGAGGACACAUGAAAAGAUCCACACCAACCGAGAGCGAUCUUUCCUCUGUGACGUCUGCUGCAAAAUGUUCCUGACCAGCAAGCAGCUUCAGAUCCACAUGAGGCAGCACACCAACGAGAAACCUUACCAAUGCAGCAAAUGUGGCAAGGACUUUGCCACUAGAGGGGCUUUGACCGUCCACAUGAGGGUCCACACAGGAGAGAAACCGUAUCCCUGCCCGUACUGUGGUUGUGCCUUCAAACGCAAAAGUAACCUUGAUGAACAUGUGACUGUUCAUUCAGGCAUCAAGCCGUUUGUUUGUGGGAUCUGUGGAAAAGCGUGCGCUCGGAAGACACACUUGACUGUGCACAUGAGAACUCACAACGGAGAGAAACCGUACAAGUGCAACGUCUGCGACAAAGGAUUCACACAGAGUCAUUGUUUGAAGACACACAGGAAGACCCACCAAAUGAGCGAGCCCACCGACUGACCUUGAACCUCGUUCCAUCAAGAUGGUUUUCUUUGCGCACAAUGUGGGGUCAAUGUGUCAUUUUCAACUUCGUGAAUGACAACAGGCUUCUGAAUAAUAAUUCCACUGAAUGCACUGUCUGUAUAUUCUCCCAAACCCAUUAUAUUUGUGUAACUACAGCAUCCCUUCAAAAAUGUCAUUUUAGAAAAUGAAGUUGUGAUUUACCUGCUACCAUUUGCGGAUUCUUUCCCAAUAAAACAGAAGAAAAGUAUUGAUAAAGGUGUCUCCCAAAGUGCAAUAAAUAGACCUUAUUACGUUGAAUGACCAGGUUGCUUUCCUUUCCUGUGUGAACCUGUAGGGCCAAACCUGCCUAGUGUAUGCUAUAAUACGGAGACAUGUUAACAUGUAUUUAUAGAGAAUUAAGAAAGGUGGAGACUGUGGAAAACUGAAUGCACAAAAUGACAUUUCAUUUCAGUCUAACUGAGUCGUCUUCUCAGGGUUCA